AUUUAAAGUUUCGCCAUUUUAAACAGCCAGGAUCGAUUUUACACGGAAUUUUAUACGGAUUCUAAAAGUGUUUCAUAGGAAGCUUUAUAAAAGAUAAGCCAAGAAUUUACGCGUAGAAGCCGGUGGAGUUUGUGAAUCGGUAUGUAGGUUAAUUAAAUGUUGAUGAAGGUGCAGGUCUCUGCUUUAAAGAGUCAGUGCUGGACAUCAGAUUCUGGUUCAUCAUGGAUGACACACAAACAUCCAGAGAUGAAGAUUUUUCUCCAGGAUGCAGUUCAGUUGAUCAGAAGAGAUCAGAAGCAGAGUCCAGCUGUGUGUCUCUGAGGAGUGACUGGUCUAUGGAUCCUCCAUUAGAUUAUAAGAGUGAAGAUACAAAGACUGAUCUCAGUUUAGUUGAUCAGAAGAGAUCAGAAGCAGAGUCCAGCUGUGUGUCUCUGAGGAGUGACUGGUCUAUGGAUCCUCCAUUAGAUUAUAAGAGUGAAGAUACAAAGACUGAUCUCAGUUCAGUUCAUCAGAAGAGAUCAGAGUCCAGCUGUGUGUCUAUGAGGAGUGACACAUCUAUGGAUCAGCCAUUAGAUUAUAAGAGUCAAGAUACAAAGACUGAUCCCAGCCAUGAAGUACUGAACACAUUUAGAUCAAAUCUACUGAAGAAGUUUGAGCGUCUGUAUGAGGGAACACCGACGCAGAGAAACCCAACACUCCUGACUGAGAUCUACACAGAUCUCUACAUCACAGAGAGUGAGAGUGGAGAGAUCAGUAAUGAGCAUGAGGUGAGACAGAUUGAGACACAAUCCAGGAGAGCAGCAACAGAGGACACAGCCAUCAAAUGCAGCGACAUCUUUAUACCUUUACCUGGACAAGACAAAGCCAUCAGAACUGUGCUGACAAAGGGAGUCGCUGGCAUUGGAAAAACAGUCUCUGUGCAGAAGUUCAUCCUGGACUGGGCUGAAGGGAAAGAGAAUCAGGACGUCCAGCUCAUAUUUCCACUUCCUUUCAGAGAAAUCAACUUGAUGAAGGACAAAACACUCAGUCUUUCAGAUCUUCUUCAUGUCUUCUUCCCUGAAACUAAAGAAAUUGAGAUAUCCAAUGAUGAAUAUAAAGUGUUGUUCAUCUUUGAUGGUCUGGAUGAGUGUCGUCUGUCUCUGAACUUUAAGAGCAAAGUGAAACUGUGUAAUAUAUCUGAAUCAGCCUCAGUGGAUGUGCUUCUGAUGAACCUCAUUGUGGGGAAUCUGCUUCCCUCUGCUCUCAUCUGGAUCACCUCCAGACCAGCAGCAGCUGAUCUCGUCCCCUCUGAGUGUGUCCAUCGAGUGACAGAGGUACGAAGGCUUCAAUGAGCCACAGAAGGAGGAAUACUUCAGGAAGAGAAUCAGUAAUCAGAGUCUGGCCGACAGGAUCAUCUCACACCUGAAGUCAUCAAGGAGCCUCUACAAUCAUGUGCCACAUCCCAGUGUUCUGCUGGAUCUCAGCCACUGUUCUUGAGAAGAUGUUGAGUCCAGCAGAGAGUGGAGAGAUUCCCAAGACUCUCACUCAAAUGUACACACACUUCCUGAUCCUUCAGACCAACAUCAAACAUGAGAAGGACUAUGAGAAUAAGGUGACAGAUGAGACCAUGAUCCUCAAACUGGGGAAAGUGGCUUUUCAGCAGCUU